GAAAUCCGAAAACCACAGAUAUUACGAAAACAACAAAAAAAAUCGCUGUGCUGGAGAGGGAGAGCAAAGCAACAGCAAUCUCUCUCCCCUCUCUUUCUCUUCCGGUCCUUCUUCUUCACCCAAAUUAAAUUAAAUAAUUAGGGUUUUGUUAAGUUCAUAAUCAAAUCAAAAAUAUAAUGAAUGUCAUGCGCCGUAUCAAAAGCAUUGCUUCCGGCCGCUCCUCCGUCUCAGAUCUCGGUGGAGAUUCUACUGUAAAGACAGUAAAAGCUGAGCAGGAAGGCGAUCAAGGGGACUCUGCUGAUUCUCAUACAACUGAGACAUUUACCAGUUCAGUAGAUCAACAUAUCGACUAUGCAGCCCCAGAAAGUUCGGCAAGCACAUCCAAUGUUUAUUCCAUUGCUAGACCUGAGCAACCAGACUAUGAUCAACUUCCUCAUAGGAUGCGUGGAAUGGAGAUCACAGACAAUAAAUCUGAAAAUCAUGAUGAUAGGGAUAUCGAAGCCACAGUAGUUAGUGGUCAUGGAACAGAUACAGGUCAGACAAUUGUGACUUUGAUGGGUGAUCCAAAUGGAGAACAGAAACAGACCAUGUCUUAUAUGGCGGAGCGUGUGGUUGGUACUGGUUCAUUUGGUGUUGUAUAUCAGGCCAAGUGCCUGGAAAAUGGUGAAGCUGUUGCUAUAAAGAAGGUGCUCCAGGAUAGGAGAUACAAGAACAGAGAACUUCAGAUUAUGCGCUUACUUCGGCACCCCAAUGUUGUGCAACUUCUCAGCUAUUUCUAUUCAACUACUCAAAUAGAUGAAGUGUAUCUAAAUCUUGUGCUCGAGUAUGUUUCAAAAACAGUGCACCGAAUUUCAACACACUAUAGUCGGCAAAACCAACGGGUGCCCAUUCUAUAUGUGCAACUGUAUGCAUACCAGAUUUGCCGUGCUCUUAACUAUAUGCAUAAUGUUGUUGGUGUAUGUCAUCGUGAUAUUAAACCACAAAACCUAUUGGUCGAUCCACACACGCAUCAGCUGAAGUUGUGUGAUUUUGGGAGUGCAAAGAAAUUGAUUCCGGGUGAACCAAAUAUAUCAUACAUCUGCUCACGGUAUUAUAGAGCGCCAGAAUUGAUCUUUGGGGCUACAGAAUAUACAACUGCAAUUGAUAUGUGGUCUGCUGGUUGUGUUUUAGCGGAGCUUCUAUUGGGUCGGCCGCUAUUUCCCGGGGAAAGUGGAGCUGAUCAGUUGGUGGAGAUUAUUAAAAUUUUAGGUACACCAACUAGAGAAGAAGUAAAAUGUAUGAACCCAAAUUACACUGAAUUCAGGUUGCCGCAGAUAAAAGCUCAUCCAUGGCAUAAGGUGUUUAACAAGCGAUUGCCUGCUGAUGCAGUUGAUCUUAUAUCAAGAAUGCUUCAGUAUUCACCGAAUUUGCGAUGUAAUCCUUUGGAGGCUUGUGCACACCCGUUCUUUGAUGAAUUAAGGAAAUCAGAGGCAUGCUUACCUAAUGGUCAUCCUUUGCCGCCUCUGUUUGAUUUCACACCUCAGGAGUUGACCGCUGCCUCUCCUGAACUAUGCGAACGUCUCAUUCCAGUCCAUGCAAAGAAAUGAAGUUGGUACUGAUAAUUUUAUAUCUGCAGCCGUGUAAAUAUCUGCAGGCGUAGAGGAGGUAUUACCGCUUAGCCUUCCAUGGAUAAUCUUGUUGAUGAAUUGGUUGCCUAUCUAUUGUGAUGAAGGGCCUGUAGGUUUUGAAGUGUGCAUUCUUUAUCUAGAGUUUUGACAAAAGAUGUAAUUUAUGUUGUAUAUCAAUUCUGUUUCGCUCUUAUAAUUUUCUUCAAUUUUUUUUUUGGCACAUCGAGAACUUGUCAUAAUUUUGUUUAAAAUUUUUUAAACUUUCAUGUGUAUUAAUAUAAUAGAUGUCUGAGAAAGGCGGAAGUUAUAUUUGUAUUUACUUUACUUUUA